AUGCAACAGCGCAAAGGCAACGACAAAGCCGCCGGAAACAUGCUCUCCUUUGCCCCGACGCCCAUCUUUUCCGGCGCAUGGGACCACCAUCGCCCAUCAAUCCCGUCGCCUCUUUCAUCCUCGCCCAUUCGCGCGUCGUCUCCCCUCUCUCCGAUCCACGAAAACACGCUCUCGCAGCGCCAGACACAGUCGUCGCCCAUACAGCCUCCCAAAUUCAAGUAUGCGGCGCGUCCGACGCGUCCGAACCCUGUUGUUCGGAGACGCGAAGUGGCACAAGAGUCAAGACGACGCACCUUCUUGCAGAGCGUGCGCCAGAAAUCGGAUGAUAGGGCGUGGCAAAGACGGGAUAUCGAGGGCCAGUUUCUGAAAACAAGCUGGCUGGACGACCGCGGUCGCCUGGCGCGGGACGCACCCGACUUUACAGAGGCGGACAUCGACGACGCCAUGGCCUUUCACGAGGAAGUCGAGCAACCACACGAGGAUGACAUGGUAAUGGAGACAAAUCCGGAGGAUGAGGAGCUCGAGGCCAUGCUGGAGUCCUACGAGGAGCAGCAGCACGCGCCUUCCCAACGGCCGCCGUCCCCAACGCUCUCGGACGAAGAAUAUGACGACAUUUUCGCCGAGCUGCUAUCGCAAGAACAGUCACAGCCGGAGUUUUCACAAAACUCCACGGACCACAUGGAUAUGAGUUGA